UCUUCAUCACCAUUCGCUGAAUUGAUGAACAUGAUGCGCUGAAUUGAGCGAAUUAGGUGACUAUCGUACUGGCGUCGUAUCCAACCCUAAUACGUAUUGACCCUUAAAAUUCGCUAUUAUUGCAAACGGAAUUCAGUGAAUUGGUGCAGAAGAACAGAUGAUCAUAUCAUCAUAACAUGUAACAAACUGGAGGACAGUGUUCAAUAAUGCUGCUGGGAAGGAGUAGAGGGAUAAUACGGAUUGUAACGUCAGAAAGAUUCAGACUUGCAGGCGGGAAACGCUUCUCUACGAAUAACAGACCAGCGACUAAACCGAACCAGAAUGGAGAGAAGGGCGAUCAGUCUUUGACUCACCGUGACUCGUAUCGAGACCUGGAAAAGCUCGACUUCAUGACUGCUGCCAAGAUUCUCUUCACCACUCCCCCUAAACAGAAGAAAUUUGGGCUUGAUUUUCAUCUAGUACAGCUCUUCUUUGUCUGUUUGCCUUCACUCGCUGUCUAUUUGGUUGCUCAGUAUGCCCGUCAUGAAAUGAAGAAAAUGGAUGUGGAGUUGGAGAAGAGGCAAGUUGAAGAAGCAAAGAAGAUGAAAGAAACUGAAGGGGAAGCGCUAACGUCUAAUCGACAGUUAUUGGAGGUAAAACAAAGGCUAGAUAACUUGGAAAACAGCAUCAAAGAAAUCAUGAAAGAAUCCAAAACCCAAAGAAACAAAGUAACAUGAAGGUGAUUGAACACAACAUUAGUUUAAAGUUAGUUUCAUAUCACAAUUUACAUCAUGUAUUUUAUUUCAUUCUUCACAUCGGUAAGCCUUGGCUUUGAGUUACUUAAUGUAAAGUAAGUUGUAAACCUUAUGGUGGAGAUUUUUGUAGUAACAUUUGACCCAACACCAUGGCUAACAGUGAGGAGCUUGUGCUUUUAAUAAUAAAAACCCAAUGCAAACCCUUUUGCAGUAA